CUCAUCUCAAUAGUCUUAACCAAGCUGGAUCUGAUGGUGUCAAGAUGAAUCUAAUAAGGAUGAUGAAAUAUUAUCUGCUCAGAGACAGAAGAUGUUGGAAGAAAUUGAACGCGAAUUUGAAGCUGCUUCAACUAGUCUGAAACAACUAAAGAAUGAUGAAAUAAACAAAGGAAGUGAUGAAGAACAAGCUGCAAAGAGACACAGUUUGUUAGAAGAGAUCGAACGCGAGUUUGAAGCCGCUACAAAAGAGCUUGAACAACUAAAGGUUAAUGACUUCACCGGGGACAAAAAUGACGAAGAACAAUCUGCAAAACGAAAGAGUAUGCUUGAAGCUAUUGAACGCGAAUUUGAAGCUGCUAUGGAAGGCAUUGAAGAACUAAAGAUUUCUGGUUCCACCGGAAGUGGAGAUGAUGAAGAACAAUCAAGGAGACUAAGUGUGCUUGAAGAGAUCGAGCUGGAAUUUGAAGCUGCUACAAAAGGUUUUGAACAACUAAAGUUUAGUGAUUCAACCAAGGACAAUAGCGAAAACGAACAAGCUGCAAAUAGACAAACUAUGUUAGACGAAUCGAACGAGAGUUCCAAGCUGCUACAAAUAACCUUAAGCAACUUUAUGUUGAUGAUUCUACUGAAGACAAAGAACAAUCUGCAAAGAGGCAAAGUAUGCUGGAAGAGAUUGAACGUGAAUUUGAAGCUGCAACAAAAGAUCUUAAACAUCUACAUGAUUUCACUGAAGGCAAUGCUGAUGAUGAACAUUCUGCUAAGAGAAACAAAAUGUUGGAAGAGAUCGAACGCGAAUUUGAAGCUGCCACAAAAGGUCUUGAACAACUAAAGGUUAAUGAUUUCACUGAAGGCACUAAUGAUGAAGAACAAUGUUUUACAAAGAUGGGUUUGUCAUACUUAUACAUCGGACAUAAACCCUAGUUGAUGCAGACAGAUGUCAUCAUCUCUGUACACAAGAUGAAU